AUGUCCUUCUCUCCCCCCUCCUCUCCUCUCUUCGCGAUGUCGUUUCCACAGCGGAAGCAAUAUCAGCAACAACAGGCAUUUGCACCAUCAUCCAUAGCGUCGACUGGGUCGUCAACGGGGUCUCAGGCUGCUAUAACUCCCCUUCCUCCUCCUCCUCCUCCUCCGUCGACACCGUCACCUCAGCCGCCUAAAGAAUCAUUUGCCGGCCGCUAUAAGUUCCUCUGGCCACUUCUAUUGGCUGUUAAUUUUACUGUCGGAGUUACAAUGCAAGCACACAAAGAGGUGCCCGCUGAUAUGCAGUGCAAGGACAAGUUUCUAAUCCAGAGUGUUGUUGCUCCCAGGGGCACAACAAACAAGGAUUUAACAGCGGAAAUGUUUCACAGGAAGGAGGACAAGAUUGUCAAUGAGGUUAAAUUGAGGGUUGUCUACAUUCCUGCUAAUCCGCCCUCCCCUGUACCCGAAGGAGAUGAAGAAGGUUCUCCAACAACAUCUUCAGUUGAGGAUGAUAAUAGAACCUCUUCAUUACCUGAGGCUGUCAACGUCUCCAACCGCAUUCGUGCUGACUACUUAGAGGGUCAUGUCGCACAUUAUAGAUGGAAGAAUGUUGUUCCCUCUUUAAUUUUGUUGUUCCCUCCUGGUUUUGAUGGAGCAGAAUGGCAUAAGCGUGAUCACACUCCUGAAUAUGAUUGGAGCAGUUCUGGCAGUUCCGGCGAUCAAUCUUCCUCUAGCGUUGUCUCCGGCAUUUCUCCGAAUAAACACCUGUUGAGCUUCAAAACCCCACUCUUCCAAGUAUUCGAGUGGGAUGAAACGUUGGGAGAGCUUGAUCUUACCUGCCCAGUGAAGGCAAAUUGUUCAUUUUGGACACUAGUUACGACUGUGUUUAAUAAAUUUGGAGAGCUUGCUGGAAGUCAUAAAAGGAUAAUUCAUCUUAUAGGUCAUUCUUAUAAUCUUAUUCCACGUGUUACUGAGUAUAUUGUGAUAGACAAUGUCAAUGUAUGA